AUGCAUACAGUGUUAGGCUUCCUAGCCAGUGUUUCUCUGGCCAUCGAAGUCGCAUCCACCCAGUCCUUUGGCGGCGUUGUGACUGUCGUUCCGCAUUCUGGUCCAUUGCCGCCGCUGCCACCGCCGCCACCGUCGCCACCGGCCUCUAUCAGUACAUCGACAGUUGAUGACACUAUCAUAUAUACAUGUCCACCUGUGCCAACGGUCUUCCUCGAUGUCACUCACUAUGUAAAUGUACCAGUGACCGUGACGGCCACUGCGUUAUACACAGAUACAAGUACUGCCUCCUUUACCAAUACGGCCACUGAACUCCUUACGGACACGACCACGGCGUCUAUUAUCAACACUACCACAGCCUUCUAUACCGAUACGACUACUCAACCAAUUACCAUUUACCAGACAAUAAUAUCUACAACGAUUCUAACCACGACCGAAAUAGUGACGGAGACGUCAACGACUGUGUCUCCUAGCCCAACGACCGCGACCGCUACAGAAAAGCUUAUUCUUCAAACGUUUACCACCGAAGUCACCAGUGUCACAGUAUGUCCGACGAGAACAGCCAACCCGACAUUCACUGCUCUUGGGCCUUUGCCCACCGACUGGACAUGGGGUUGUCCUCCUGGGUGGCUCUGCAAGCCAUUACAAGAGAACUGCAAUUUCGAAGCCGGCCUUCCGGAGCAGAAUUUCUAUUGUGCCCCUAAUGAAUGUAUUCCGGCUCAAGCUCUACCGGAGCCGCUAUCAACAUGGAGCAACGACAUUUACGGAAAUUUCACACCGAUCGACAGUCCGGGUCUUACGAUUCAGGCCAUUGACGACUACUUCAACAUGGACCCCACAGAGUUUGGACUCAGCUACCAGAUCUUCAUUGUGGAGGAAGUAUACACUGUUACCUCAACGACCCUUCUCCUACCAACUCCCACCGUCGGAGCACGACAGGCUCAGACAAGCGUCCCUGGCGCGUGUUAUCCUUGGUGCAACAACUGCCUGUUGGAGGCCCAAGCGAGGGGCAAGACUUCCGCUUUAUGUGUGCCGGGUUCCGCGUUUGAAGUAUCCCUAAGCCAAUGCGAGCAGUGCAUUGAUGUGCACAAGGCCGACAACGUUGGUAGUUUCGUGCAGGUCGCGCCCCAGUUCCAGCAGUUUCUGGAUUAUUGCGCUCAAUUCUUGACCAUAGUGGUGACAACGUCCGUUACCGCAACGGCCACAAAUGCCCAGGGGUCGACCUUCAGCACGCUGUCGGUUGAACUAUAUACAACAGUGACGCCAAAGAUCUCCGGGAGCACUUUGACAUCGGCUGUUCCACACACCUCACUAACUACUGUCGUAGGCACGACGGUGACAAACGCAACACCGAGUUUGACAUCCUCAACUGAGACGAUAGCCAUAUCGACAUCGACGGCAACAGCAUCGGUGGCUUCCUUGUCAAAGUCCGUCUCAGCCAAUGUAACCUCUAGAACAGAGGCCACAUCAGUCGUCGUGACUGUUUCGUCCGAGACUCUCCCUGUCAUCGUAACGACGACAACAGCGGUUACUAGCCGAACCUCGCUUCCCACUUCUUCGGGCUCACCGUAUGUAACGACGGCGGCAGUGUCUACGACUCUGUACUCAUUGAGCACCAUCACCGGGAGUCAAUGGUCGCAAAUCACAAUCAUCCUGCCUCUUGCAGAUAACAGCACCACUACAGUGUACGGCUCAGAUCUAACGGGCGGCGCAACCCUUGUGUUGCCAGGAUCAUCGACCAUAACCUCGUAUCUCACUACAAUGACUCUGACGCCUGGCAUUCUAAUAUCUGGCAUCCCGAGCUCUAUUUCAGCCACAUUCACAGGUCCUGCGACAAUGCAAAGCACCACUCCUCCUAUCACACCAUCUGCAUUCACAGGCGGUACAUCAGGUCUGAAGGCUACACCAGGCGAUCUGCGCUGGCAACCCAUGCUAGGGUUGGUCAUCGCAUGCGCGGCAGUGCUCUUGGUAUGA